CUUCCAAAGGUACGACAUGUGGCAGCCAUGGAUUCCCUCUUAAAUAUAACUGUGUCUACUCUACUCAGCAACAUCUCUCAACAUCUUCUUCCCGAUGCUUCUCUAAAAACUCUCCAAGAAAAAGAGAAUUACUUCAUCAAUGGCUCUCUCUGUGAGAUUCAACCUGCUCUCCUCAUCUAUCUCGAGAUCCACCGCAUCGUCGUCAUCAUCAUUGCCAUCAAAUGCCGUCAUCACUGUCUCAUCUACGAUCCCAUCUGUCUCUUUUUUCUCCUCCAAACCUUCUCUUCUCGCUUCUCCCAAACUCCCCCUGAGAGCCUCACGCUUUUCCUCCAUCAAGGCCUCUCUAUCUUCUUCUUCUUCCACAGCCAUUGCUGAGCCUGAAGGCAUCAAGAUUAAUUCGAUUCCUACGAAGCCGAUCGAAGGCCAGAAGACUGGAACGAGCGGACUCCGCAAGAAGGCGAAAGUUUUUAUGCAAGAAAAUUACCUUGCCAAUUGGAUCCAGGCUUUGUUCAAUUCAUUGCCACCAGAGGAUUACAAGAAUGGGCUGUUGGUGUUAGGAGGUGAUGGGCGCUAUUUUAAUCGAGAAGCUGCACAGAUAAUUAUCAAAAUUGCUGCAGGAAAUGGUGUUGGAAAAGUUUUGGUCGGCAAGGAAGGUAUUCUGUCAACACCAGCUGUUUCUGCUGUAAUUCGCAACAGAAAGGCCAAUGGUGGAUUUAUAAUGAGCGCAAGUCAUAAUCCUGGUGGUCCUGAAUAUGAUUGGGGUAUAAAGUUCAAUUACAACAGUGGCCAGCCUGUACCUGAAUCCAUCACUGACAAGAUUUAUGGAAACACUCUCUCUAUUAAUGAAAUAAAGGUGGCAGACAUUCCUGAUGUAGACCUAUCUCGUCUUGGAGUUACUAAGAAUGGGAACUUCAGUGUUGAAGUGGUAGACCCAGUUUCUGACUAUUUGGAGCUACUGGAGAGUGUAUUUGACUUCCAGCUUAUCAAAAGUCUUCUGUCACGAUCAAAUUUCAGGUUUAUAUUUGAUGCCAUGCACGCCGUUACUGGUGCUUAUGCAAAACCCAUCUUUGUGGACAAGCUAGGGGCCAGUCUGGAUUCAAUUUUGAAUGGAGUGCCUCUGGAGGAUUUUGGGCAUGGUCAUCCCGAUCCCAAUCUUACAUAUGCAAAGGAGUUGGUCAACAUUAUGUAUGGUGAAAAUGGACCUGAUUUUGGAGCUGCAAGUGAUGGUGAUGGUGAUAGAAAUAUGAUUCUAGGUCAAGGAGUUUUUGUCACUCCUUCUGACUCUGUUGCAAUUAUUGCUGCCAAUGCACAAGAAGCGAUUCCAUAUUUCCGUAGUGGCCCUAAGGGUCUAGCCAGAUCUAUGCCAACGAGUGGUGCUCUUGAUCGCGUUGCUGAAAAAUUGAACCUUCCAUUCUUUGAGGUCCCCACUGGUUGGAAGUUCUUUGGAAAUCUUAUGGAUGCUGGGAAGUUGUCCAUUUGUGGGGAAGAGAGUUUCGGAACAGGUUCCGAUCACAUUCGUGAGAAGGAUGGCAUAUGGGCUGUCUUAGCUUGGAUUUCAAUUAUUGCACACCGAAACAAAGACAAGAAACUGGGCGAGAAAUUGGUUUCUGUCUCUGAUGUUGUGAAGGAACAUUGGGCAACUUAUGGACGGAAUUUCUUUUCUAGAUAUGACUAUGAAGAAUGUGAAUCUGAAGGUGCCAACAAGAUGAUAGAGUAUCUUAGAGAUUUAGUCUCCAAGAGCAAGCCUGGUGAAAAAUACGGAAGUUAUGCCCUCCAAUUUGCGGACGAUUUUAACUACACAGACCCUGUUGAUGGGAGCGUUGUGUCAAAGCAAGGUGUUCGGUUCGUUUUCACAGAUGGAUCGAGGAUUAUAUAUAGAUUAUCAGGAACUGGUUCAGCAGGUGCCACUGUUAGAGUUUACAUUGAGCAGUUUGAACCAGAUGUAUCGAAACAUGAUGUGGAUGCCCAAACGGCUCUAAAACCAUUGAUAGAUCUAGCGCUAUCUAUAUCGAAGUUGAAGGACUUUACAGGAAGGGAGAAGCCUACUGUCAUCACAUAAAGCACAAUCCGACGAUAGUUCUCAUGUAUCCAGUUUUAUUUGAAGUUAUGCCACUGGCAGGUUGACUAGUCCCUUUUCUGGAGUUGUCAUACACAAUAAUAUUCCUCCCAUUCAGUUUUGACUGUGCAGUAGGUAACCUGUAAUAAUCGAUCAAUAAGGCCACUCCAUCACCAUGUAAAUUUCUGAAAUGUAUGUGCCAUGUAAAAUCAUGUGUCAAAACGGAAUAUAUUUGCCGUAAUAGUUUUGGUAAUACCUUUGGCAUUUCUGCUUCA